UCUUGCGAAAAUACUGAAACAAAGAAAGCGACACGAAACACGGUGCAACGCAAGUCACCCCCGUGACACUAAAGCAAAUUUUAAAUCAUUGACUCCAAAAGUUCUCUCCCGACAUAAGGUAAAAAAGAUCGAUUGCAACCAAGCUGAAAAGAGCAAAAAUCUGAACUUACGGAUCGAAGGUUAGCGUGUAAGAUUGGUAGGCAAUCUCCAUUUCUUGGAUUGAGGGAAAAGAAAAUGUGACUAGGGUCAAGAAGAAACAAACAAAAUCUGAUACCAUAAAAACAUGGGUCCAGUUACUUUUCAGAUGAAAGAACAACAAAAGCUGUUUGGGUAAACCAAAUAUCGCAUUUAUGCGACCCACAUUCAUUUUGAUUAAGAUCCAGGCACCAAUUCGACACUGCCAACAAAAACUGUAGAAAAAAUCAGGACACUACCAUACGCCCGUCCCUCAGUAGUUUAUUAAAAUUGAUGAAAGAGAUUACUCGCGCAGUGCAUAAGCCACUGAAAUACAAAAACACAACUCCCGUCACGAGACCGCUACGUGACGUAGAAAAGUAACUGAAACCAUGCCCAGUAAACACGCCGUUUCGUAAGGUACGACGCCUGGCACACAGCAACACGAGGUCAGUUGACGGCGAGGAUUCCCAAUGAAUGAAAUGCUGACGAAAGUAUCUGGGUUGACAUGUGGUGAGCAGCUACUCUGCAAUGAUGUGGGAAUGAUAUAAAAGAAGCAGGAAUUGGUUAUCGCAGUGUCAUUUGAUCAACUUUGCCACAGCGGGAGCAAGCGUGAAGCUGUUAGAGCCGUUGGGUUUUCUAGAGCGACACAUUAGCACUCGAUCGCUGUGUACUAGCUCUGUAGUCCCACGGUGAAACAAGUCGGUCGUGUGCCUGUCCUUUUCAUAAUUCAGUUGUUCAACAACUUCGUUGAUCCAAACACCAUGUUCCCGCAAGAGUGCAAAUCAAGUCACCAUGCCUUGGUGCGUGCAAUCUCGGCUGGCCGUCCUCGGCAAGUCGGGAUGAUGUUGGAGGCAGGAGCGAACCCCGAUGAGAGAGACGAGUGCGGCAAGACACCACUCAUCCAUGCCGUCUUUGUGGAUGACCCAAAGAGCCGCCAUAAAAUCGUCAAGACGCUGUUGAACAAAGGUGCCGCCGUCUCCACCGCCGAUGCUACCGGGCGGAAUGCCCUUUCGUGGGCGUGUAUGCAAGGCAAGGACAGGGAGGUGGAUUUGUUACUGCAGUACAGUGAUCCCAACUUGGACUUGAAUCACAACGACGUCAGCGGACGCACGGCCUUAUUUCAUGCAGCCACGUCUGGCAGCGCUGCGUCAGUCAAGUUGAUGGUAGAUUCUCUGAUUGAGCGUGGUAUGAGCGUCGACGUGGCUGACUUUAACGGGGUUACUCCGCUCAUGCAGACCCUCAGUCUGGGCUUCGAUGUUUGCGCUACCAUCCUCGUCAAGCAAGGCAAGGCAUCUACCACCGUAGCAGACUCCAACUUCCUGAGUGCGUUCGACUGGGCCAAGCCGAGCCAUGGGUCUCCUGUUCCACACACCCAUCUGCCGGCGAUUACCGAAUCGCCAGGGAACGUCACGGAGUGGCGUCGCGGCAGCGGGCUGUGCAGGAUGUGCACGUCUAUCACCGAGACGGAGUUCGACUCCUGUUAUGGCUCUGAGUCGUCCUAUUGCGAGGAUGGACUUCUCGACCUGGACACCAGACGGCGGUCGCAGUCUUUCAGCGACGACGACAUCUUUGAUCUGGCCUCUCUUUCCCUGGCCGACUUUUCGCCGAAGAGGAGACGGUCAUCUCAAGAUUCUGGCUCAGAAAGCAUGCAUGACGGAUUGCCACCAAUAAACAGAAGACCAGGCUCUGCAGUACGACGACCAAAGCCACACAUCCGGAGAAACACGGUGUCGGGACGCCUCGGCAAUAUUCGGGAGAGUGCGGAUCACGACGACGUGUUUUUCGACGACGAUGAUUGCCAUUCGGCUCUCUCUGACCAGACAGAGAUGAGGAGACAACACGGAUUCCCCAUGAUUUCAGAAGGAAGGUUCUCAUUGGCUUCCCGGGCUGACGGCAGCACCAAACCGUUGACUGCGCUACGUGCACAGAUCGACAAACUCCUCUAAACCCCAUUAGAACUCAAAUUCAAGCACUUUGGUGAGACCACUUGAUUUUUUUUUAUGAGCUUAGUGCUAAUUCUGAAUCUUUCGAAUAAUUUCAGCAAUAAUAAUAAUAAUAAUCGGUGUCUCAAAAAUAAACCCCAGAUAUUUUCUUCGGGUUUCUGUAUUUAUUGAAAAAUGAAUAAAAACUCGAGGUCUCGAACCAACUCAUGCACACAUUAAAGCAAAUUACCUGUCUCUUUUGAAUAUCAAACUAUAGUUUCUCAGUCGGUUUUUGUCAGGGCAACAUAGACGAUAGGAAAUUGACAUUUUUUCCCUCGAUAUUAGUCUGAUGAUGACACUGACUUCCGGCGUCAUUCUUAAAACAGAACUUCAAGAACGGUUCAACUAUGAAAACGAAAUAAUAUAAGAUAUCCGGUUAUUGCGAGCGCGCAGAUACAUGUACAUGUAUAGGAACACUGCCUUUUGCACUCUUCGUGAACUUGAAUUUGCAAACUACCGGUACGUGCCUUUUCGUUUAAUAGUAAAAAUGUACACCUUGCUGCAAUUUGUGUCUGUUUAAAGUAGUUCGAUACUGUGUGUGACCUUAGUUUUGUUUACGAUAAUAACAAAAAUUAGCAGGUAAAAUUGUUUUUCUUCUGGACCAAAGUCAAACCUUUCGUUGAAACUAAUUCCACAUUACCGUCAAAGUAUUUCUUAAGGGUAAUGUUAAGCUGGUAAAUGAAACAAAAUGAAACUUUGCUCUUUUAUUUCAGUUUAUUUCAAUUUCUCCAUCGUAAAGUUCAAUGUCUGGAAAGACAACUAGGCAAGCACUAUGGGACACAAUAAUGAAGUGCUUAUGACCAACAAAUGUAGUUUGUUGUAACUGUACAAGUCACGAUUUUUUAAGUAGACAAUUACUUUUAAGUGUACAAAUCGUCUUUCAAAUUUUGAAUUUGUAAAAUGGCACAUUUGAAGUUUAGCGGUCUAACACACAGAAACAAAGCUUACAGUAUUUCAUAAAAUCGGUCGUUUUGACAUAAUAUGGCAAUCUUAAACUGGAUGUAACUUAUAAAUUAGAAUAAAAUGUACAUGGUAUCUUUAAUGAUGUAUAUAUGUAUAAAACCUUGAUUUUUCAAAUAAGGAUUUUUAUACAUAACUUGAAAAUACAUGUAUAUAUACAAUCAUACCAUUGUACGAGAAAAGAGGAAUGUAAAUGUUAAUGUGUAUUAAGUUGUUCUCACUGUGCAAUAAAAACCAGUUGUGAUAAUAAAUCUAGUAGACUGGAGAUGGUGCUUUGUUUUACCAGCUGCUUUAUUGAUGUCGCUGUUUCACAGUGGUCUACGGGCAAUUCGUCCGGUUUUCGUUGGAUAACUAAUAAAUGAAUACAUGUAGUCCAAGGAAAAACAACUUUCUAAAAAUAUAUCUGAUGAAGUAGUUGUUGCUACGAAAGCUUAAGCAGUAUCUUGUGUGAAGUUAGUCUAUAAAGUGCUACCCCAUAUUUUCCACUGAUCCUAAAAAUGAGGGGGGAAAAUGAAACAAAUGGCUUGGAACAAAUCAGUCCUGAAACUCAGUUGAAAUUCUUCACUCCUUGGCAACAAGUAAUUAAACAGUACACAUUAGGAGAGUUUGGAAUUGUGACUGUCUCACAGAAAUGUAAAUAACAGUACAUGUAUAUUUAUUUUAAAAAAAUAACUCACAAAGUCUUCACUGCAUCAAAAUUGUUGGUAUUCAUCAUCACCAACGUAAACCGCUUUGGAAAGUAAAGUACCCUGCAACUUCUGCUUGACCCCAAUCGUGUGCUAAAUGGAGGAAGAGGGUCGGGUGAUGGUAGGAGAAAGUGGCAGUGCAGUGUUAGUCCCCAUGUCAGUAUGUUUUUUCUUCAAACAUUUCUCUAGAGGACGAAACAUCUCCUAGAUUCAAGUUAAGAGUGUUGGCAGUGCUUGUUUUUAUAGUAGGAUGGCUCACAAUGAAUGGGGCUUUACGAAAAAGGAGAUUUACAUCUGGAUUGAGCAGCAGCUGGAUUCAAUUCGAUGUGCAAUAAGGGGGUUCAGAUUCCGAAUUUGAUUGGUGCUGGAGUCUAAAUCUCCCAGUUCUUGUACCUACAUGCAAUAACUUGAUACCGAUUCGGUAGCUGUACAAACUGUCCAAUUUCUCAAUGCUGUCCAGGGCUUGCACGUGUGCAACAUGUGGGUGCUAAAGAGCUGUCAAAAACUAAUCUGCAGGCAAUCUGGUGUGGGAUUACUUGUUGGAAGUCGUACAGAGUUUUUUGUUUUUCAUCAGCAAUGGCUGAUGCAACGGCACAAUGCGUUUUCCCGGAAAAGCAUCUGUUCCACACACUUUUACAAAUAAAAAUAUGAGCAGCAGUGAUAUCUGAGUCAUUUGAAAUGUGAUUUCUAUGGCAUUUUAACCAAAACUAUCAAGGCAGUGGACAAUGCUGCACCAGUUGGAUAAUUAUCAUUGCGAACAUGUAAGCACUGUUAGGCGGCAAUCUAAUUUUGUGAAUAGUCUUGCACGCUAUGAGAGACAGAAAGAGGAAAUGUACAGGUGGAGAAAA